AUGACUCAUGAUAUGUUUUAUGAAGAUACAGACUUUAUCAGUGCAGAUGUCAAGUCCUACAGAAGAGGACUUUUCAAUAUUCUCUCUUUAACUGCUUGCUCAAUGAAUCUUCUCAUUAUUGUCCUUGUCACCAUGGACCAGUGUCUUCACACCCCCAUGUACUUCUUCCUGAAGAACUUAUCAUUUCUUGAUGUUUGCCUUAUUUCAAUUACAGUUCCUAAACUUAUUCUGAACUCUUUAUCACAUAGAAGCGUCAUUUCUUUUGCAGGAUGUGUGCUACAGGUCUUGUUAGUGAUUCACUUUGCUGGGUCUGAGCUUUUUGUCCUCACGGCCAUGUCCUAUGACCGCUAUGUGGCCAUCUGUCACCCACUGCACUAUGAUGUCACCAUGAACAGGGGAGUCUGUGUGCAGAUGGUAGCUGUCUCUUGGCUCCUUGGGAGUAUCUUUGGCAUCUUAUACUCAGCAGGAACUUUUUCUUUACCUUUCUGUGGUUCCAGAAAACUCCCACAGUUUUUCUGUGAUGUGCCCUCUCUCCUGAAGAUUUCUUGCACCAACAGGCAUAUUACCAUUGAUGUUAGUGUGGCAAUUGGAGUCAUUUAUGCUAUUUUUUGUUUAGUGUCCAUUGGAUUUUCAUAUAUUUACAUUUUCAAUACAGUUCUGAGGUUUCCAUCUGGACAAGGGCGGUCAAAAGCCUUCUCCACCUGUGUGCCACAUCUCAUAGUUGUGAUCACAUUCAUUAUGACAGGCGCCAUUGCCUACCUGAAGCCAGUCCCCGAUUCCCCACAGCUUGUGGAUUUUUUGGUGUCUGUAUUGUAUUCUGUGUUGCCUCCAUCUAUGAACCCCAUAGUAUACAGCCUAAGGAACAAAGAAAUCAAGGCAGCUGUGUGGAAGAUUCUAUGGAAACUAAGCCAGUAUAAGUUUUAUGGGGGAAACAAUAGACCUAGUAUCUAA